AUGGGCAAGGCCUCUCAUUUCGUGCCAGGUAGCGUCAUCACUGGCGGGUUUCUAGAAGAGAUUAUUGGUAUUGGCGCCUGCCUCUGUACCCAGUAUUUCGUGCAUUGGCACCAAGUCCAUCGUCCCGUCUCCAUUGUCAUGCAUCUUGUCACACCACUUCAGGCGCCGUCAAUGCAGGAACUUGUGACGCACGUUGCUUCUUUUUCUGGCUCCGUACGAAGUACAGUAGAUGCAUUAUCAUCUCUCUUCAUCUGUCUUCUCUCGCUUUCUUUCUUACCCUUCAUUCAUCCUUCCAUUCAGUUCGUCACAAGGUUCCUCGAAGCCAAGCCCCCUUGUGCUCGCUUACAGCCUGGCACCCUCUCACACAGCCUCGUCCGUACCUUUGUUCACAACAUCUACGAAAUACUUACUCGCACUUUCUCGCCCUCAAGUGACUCCGACUCUGGCUCCGUGCCCCGAGCUGCCGAACCUCUCCGGGCCAUGCGAUGCAAUGCAAUGCGACUCCCUACGCCACAGCGCCGCAUCUGGUCUAGGGCACGGCAACUAUCCAGUUCGAAGCCGUCUAGUAGUAUUGCUCCCGCGCAAAUUUACCUUCUCACUGGUAUGAAGCACAGCGUAUCACGCAACACGGCGUCAACUCUGCGCCGAAGUGGUAUUACAGCGACAUUACCCCGAAGACGACUCACCUUUGCGACACGGCAUAAGAAUGAGAAACGCGAGGGACAAGUCAGCGCUUACUUCCAAGCUGUCGGUGCUUCCCCCCUCCCCCCCGGACGGGACGGCGGCAAACUCCAAUUGCGGUGAAGCAUGUGG